UGCUACCGGUGAAAUUACAAGAUGAAGUCAGUUUUAAUCACUGGAGCCAACAGGGGCUUGGGACUCGGAAUGGUGAAACACCUCACCAAACAGAACAAGGCCGAAAACAUAUUCGCGACAUGCCGAACCCCAUCCGAUGAACUCAAACAGCUUGCUCAGGAGAACAAGAACCUCCACAUUUUGAAUUUGGAUUUAACAAACCUGAAUAGCUUCGGUGAUGUGGUACCGAAAAUAUCACAAGUGAUGGGUGACCAAGGAUUGAAUCUUCUAAUUAACAAUGCAGGGAUUUCCACCAAGUUUACUAAAUUGCAAUUGGUGAAAUCGGAACAGCUCCUGGAGAAUCUUACUGUUAACACCGUAGCACCAAUAAUGCUUACAAAGGCUCUCUUACCCGUAUUGAAGCAGGCAGCUGACAAGCACAGCGACCGGCCGGUCGGCGCGGAGAGGGCCGCCGUCAUCAACCUCAGCUCCAUACUCGGAUCGAUUGAAAAGAACGACCAAGGAGGAUUCUACCCCUACAGGUGCUCUAAGGCCGCGCUAAACGCAGCCACAAAGUCAAUGAGCUUGGACCUCAAGAAGGACCGCAUCCUGGUGGCGUGCAUCCACCCCGGCUGGGUGAAGACCGACAUGGGCGGGAAAAACGCACCCCUAGACGUCGAGACCAGUGUGCAAGGGAUGCUAGAUACCAUACUCCAGUUGAAAGAGGGAGACAGUGGCAAGUUCUUGCAGUUUGACGGAACAGAAUUGCCAUGGUGAAUGAAGGAGCCUAUAGCUUGUAGUUACAUAAGUUUUAAAUAAUAUUUUACUGCACAAUUGAACAAACAAAAUGUAACCUAUUUGAAAAUAAAUAUUUAAACAGGC